CAGACUGGACUAAUCGAUCACAGAUUCACAUUGUAGCGUUGCCGCGGCGCAGUGCGGCGCUUUAAAAAAAUAUGUGUGAUGUAGAGCUAUAUUAAUUGCGUGUUAUGCUUUCCGAACGACCCACACAGCAAAUUGUAGGUUUUAAACAUUGCGUUUGAUAAGUCAUUACUAUCAAUCUAUUGCCUUGGGCUGGAGUCCAAAAAGCAUGCUGGUGUUUGAUUUUGAUUUGUUUAAUAUAUAUAUAUAUAAAAUUAUAAACUAAAAAAAAUCACAACCGAAAUAUAGCUAUAAUGUACAAUAAUGUACAAUGUGUGUUUAUUUUACAUUCGGCUGUUGCUUGUCGCCAAGAUUAACCCGGAAGUAUUUUUGCCACUCUUUACACUCCACUCGUGAGUUAGCUUAGCCUCGGCUACUCGUGCAACUCAGAGAGCGUUCGUUGUUUUUUUUAAAGUCAUUUAACGAAUUAUUAUUUUAUGUUAUUAUUAUUUACCAAAAAUGUCUUCGAAAGUCGACAAUAAUGACCCCAAUUUAGACGGACGAUCUGCCGAACGUAAGGAGGAGCUAAACAAGCAGAUCAAGGAACAAAAGGUGGCUGUGGAUGAGCUGUCCAAUUUGAAGAAGGAUAGGAAAGUGUACGUCCAGCAGAGGAACAGCAACAUAUUGUUCCUGGCAGACAGAGGACAGACUUUGAGUUCAUGCAAGAGUCAACAAGGGCAGGACUUAACAGGUUAACAAGUGCUGGACUGACCAUGUCCAUGAAGACCAGAUCCACAGAAGUUGGACCGACCAAUGCUGGACUGACCAGGUCCAUGAGGCCCAGUUCCACAAAUGUUAGAUUGACCAAUGCUUGACUGACAAUGUCUACAAAUGCUAGAUUGACCUGGUCAGUUCAGCAUUGACCAGUCCUGCCCUUGUGAACCUAGUCAGUUCAGCACUGGUCAAUCCAACCUCUGUGGACCUGGUCUUCGUGGACAAGAUCAGUCCAGGCCAUUAUGGACCUGGUCAUUAUCGCCUUUUUUGUCCACAAGCUAAGUCACAAUCAGGUCGACGGGGUCAAAAUAUCUCUCCUUUAAUUGUUUAUUGUCAAAUAAAGUAGUUUACAUAAUGUUCACUUGAUGAUAACAAUUACUCUUGCUU